AUGGAAGUGGAAAAUUCAUCACCAAAUCAAUAUACAACAAAAGCUGGAACAAAUAUGGCAAAUGAACAAACAAAAAAGCGUCCUUCAGAUGCAACAAAAGAAGAACAAUCAAAAAAGGUUUGUACUGAAACAUCGGGUAAUGUUACAAAUUCAAUAGAAAAAAAUACUGCCUGUACGACUCAGGAUUCAACAAAUUCAGUUUCAGUUACUGGAAAUGUUAAAUCUUAUAAUAAAGUCACUUUUACAACAAGUCUAGAUUCUACUACUAAUAAUGAUGCUGAUGCUAGCCGUAGUACUACAACAGAAGCUAGAUAUACUUCAGGUACAAGCACAACUACUACAUCAUAUAGGAAAACUUCAUCAACAAGUAAUAAGAAGGAAGGUGAGGAUAAAGUGACAAACAAUUCAAGAGUAAAUACUGAAACAGUUUUUGAUUCUGGUAUGACAAUUCAAAAAACUGUGAAUAAGACCAGCACUGAAAAUGUGACAAAUACUACAAAAGUAAAAACAACAAAGACUACUACCACUCAAGAAAUGAGGUUUAGUAAUGAAAGUGUCAAAAAUGGUACUACGAAUACUGCCAACACUGGAACUACAACCAAUAAGAUGGGAGUUCAGUCACCAGAAACAUUUACAAAUCAAGUAUAUUACUUUGAUACAGCAGACAAUACAGUUGUUAUUGCUUCUCAAACUCCAGCAAGAACUGAAACUAGUACAACAGUGACUGAAACAUACAAUGGCAAUUCAAUUAUGAGUAGAAGAACAGAUAUUGAGGUAACAAGAGAAAUGAUUGGUACAAAUGUAACUUGUGGCAAUGUUAAUAAGCAGACAAAAAGUCAAGAGAGAAAGAAUGGCACAGAAUUUCAAGUGUCAGUUCAAGGCCAAGACCAAGCAAGAAAACAAUUGCAAAAGCAAAAACAAGCUUUACAGAGUUACCAGUUUGAUCAAGACUGUAAUGGUUGUCAGGUUUACUUUGGAGCGAUCCAAACACCCAAUCAGACGACUUCUAGUAAGUACGGUGUAAAAUAUGAAAUGAAUCAGUUUGGAAAGACACAAAUCAAAAUUACUGAAAACUACCAAAAAGACGGUACAUUUACGUCAAAGAAAGAGCAGACGAACUCCGAUGGAACAAGAUCUGUUACUACUAUCACUAAUACCACUACUACUGGCGCGUCUGGUACUAAUGGUGGUAUGACUGGUGCUGUUGGUACUACUGGUGCUACUGGUGCUGCCAGCACUACUGGUAUGGCUGGUACUACUGGUGCUACCUGUGCUGUUGGCACUACUGGUAUGACUGGUGCUGUUGGUGCUACUAGAACUACUGGUACUACUGGUAUGACUGGUACUACCGGUGCUACCUGUGCUGUUGGCACUACUGGUAUGGCUGGCACUACUGGUGCUGCUGGCACUACUGGUACUACCGGUUCUGGUACUUAUGCUACUGGCACUACUGGCACUACUGGUGCUACUGGUGCUACUGGUGCUACUGGUGCUACUGGUACUACCGGUUCUGGUACUUAUGCUACUGGCACUACUGGUGCUGCUGGCACCACUGGUACUACUGGUGCUACUGGCUCUGGCACCUAUGCUGCUAGUGCUACUGGCAGUACUGUUACUGCUGGUCCCACUACAUACAAAAGCUACACGGGAAUGAUUACAAAAGAGACUUAUUCAGUGGAUGGAAAGCAGAUAUCAAAGACUGAAGAAAAAUUCGAUCAAUCAGUUUCAGAAAGUGCACAAUCAGGAGAGACUGUUACAAGAACAACCACACAAUAUCCGGCAGGUAACGUUGAUGGCAUAGCUACUAGAACGGAGACUUUAGUUACAAAGGCUGAUGGAACAAUUGUUGUAACUGUUGAGCAGCUAUUUGAAGAUAAUAGUAAAAUGACAACUGUUACCACCACUCCUGCCACUACCAACACCAGUUCCAAUACCACUACCACCACUACUACUACUGGUCCAACCACUGCUACUACUGGUCCAACCACUACUACUACUGGUCCAACCACUACUACUACCACCACUACUACUACUACUAGUACUACAGCUGCUGCUACUGCCACUACCACUACUACUGCUACCACUGCUACUAAUAACGAUAACUACGUGGAUGUUUCAGGUUAUGAUGAUAUAUCAUCAAAAGCUACAGCUGGUACUAGAACAGGAGAAGACACAAAAACGGUAACAGUUACAGUGGUAACAACAGACAAAGACUCAAAGGUGACAUAUCAAGAAAAUUAUACGGUACAAAUUGAUUCCAACUACACUACUACUACUACUACUUCUACUGCUUCAGGAAAUACAACUAAUACAACUAAUACCACUACUAAUCCCACUACUUCUACUAAUACCACUACUUCCGCUAAUACCACCACUUCCACUAAUACCGCUACCUCUGGUUCUAAUACAACUGCUAGUACUACUAGUAAUACUACCAGUACUACUACUUCGAAUAAAAACAACAUGGCAGAUUCUCAAAAGGGAAUGAGCCAAUCAGAUUCAAAAGUCAAACUGCAGGAUAAAUAUAAGACCCAAACCCAAAUUCAAGAUCAAAAUGUAUCAGGAAACUGA